AAAUGAUCGUUUACGCUACAACUACCGGCUAUGUACCAAUGGGGGCUGUAAAAAUCAAAUAAAAAGAAAAGUUAGUGCUGUACACUUUAGUAUUAAUUGUGGCUGUUGGCAUCAGGCUAUGGCAUGGCCUCCUCUUAGUACUUUGUCUUAGUAAAUUUAGAUUCAGCGAUUAGUAUUAUUAGUAUUAAUUUCCUUACUGAACUUUACCUUAACUAGUCACUAACACUAGUCUCAUGACUCAUAAUAAACUAUUAUUACUUGAGUAUAAAUGAUACUGAUACUAUUAAUGUGUGAUUAGUCAUAUCAUUGACCCUUUCCCCCAUUUAAAAUUGUUUAUAAAUAUUAGAUGUAUCACAAUUAUUGCCCAUCACAUAGGCUAAAAUAAUAGGUAAAAGUGUCAUUGAAGUCAUUGUACUCUUGAUUCAUCUCUAACUCUAGCCUAGAGCUGGCAGAGUAGGUUUUCCUGCCUAAACUAAGCCUAACUAAACUAACUUACUUAGUAAGUAAGUGUGUGGUGGCAUUACAAGGGUUGUGAAAGAUUAUUAUAAAAAAAGGUAGUGAUUAAAAAUCAUACCAUAAGUUAUAAGAACAGAGGAGCCAUUGACUUUUAAAAACUAAAAUUUUACUCUUACUUUAGUAUGAAUUUAAAUAAAUAAUAGUGGCGCAAGAUAUGCAGAGCUUAGGAGUAGGCUACUCCUAGGCUCUGCAUUGAGUAGGACCAAGAAGAAGACUAAGAAGACUAUUGAGACUAGAAGCAUAUAAAUUAUCUAUUUUUAUUUAGGUAUGACUAUGACAUUAUUUAUUGACAAUUUACUUCACGCGGCUUGGUCUUUGGCUUUAUCGCUGUCUCUCAUGCCCUGCCCUAUAAACUGAUAUAUUACUAUUUAAACUACAUUGACAAUAUGAAUAUGAAAUAAUAAGUAACACAUUCAUUAUUUUUUUUAAUUCUUAAUUUCUCUUUAAAAUUAUAUGCGAAAAUUAGAUGUCCUUAUUUUCUGAUAUAUAAAAUGCAUUAUUAAUUUCAAAGUUAAAGGGGUGCGAGUCUUAGUCGAAAAAUUCUUAUGGGAUGUGAGACUUAGUUAAAAAAUUCAUAGAGUAUGAUAGGGUAUGCAGAAUAUAGAAAAGUUUGUGAAAUCCUGACCUAAAGGCUAUAACUAUAUGCUGCCCUAGAUCUAUUGAACAGUCUUUGGUGGGUUUUUUUAUAUUCAUUUGUUAAAAUAAAAUAUUAACAAUAAUAACAAUAUUACUUUUCUAAAAUUAAAAAUUUCUUUAUGAAUUAUUAUUAGGUUUUUUUUUCUACUUUGGUGAAAUUACCAUUGUGAGAGAGGUAAAAACAGCUAUGUCUCGAUUUGCAAAACGACAAGUGGCCACAAAAGGUGGAUUUUCAGAGUCAACACACCUGACAGAACAGCCAUUGGGCAGCAUACACCCAUCUAUCCUCAAGCAGGCUCGGAAAUCAGGAGUUCUCAACCUCAGUCAAAGAGGUCUCACGACAGGUAGCUUAAAUUUAAAUGAUAAAAUUGUUUGAAAAAGAUUUUUAAAAAUCUGAAUUGUUUUUGUUUUAGCAAUUUUAAAUCUGUUUCCCUUUGAAAAUGUUAACUUUACAAGGGUUGUUUUGAGAAAAUCAUUCUGUUAUUGUUUAAAUAUAUCAAAUAAUUUACAAAAUAAAAGCAGUAAAGUGAAAGUUUUUCUGUUGAAUCUCUGAGGAUGCUCACCCUUCAUUCUUUUGGAGACUUCCAAUUUGCUAUGUCAAAUAUAUUUAGAUAUACAAGAUAAUAAAAUGUAAUACAGGAACUGUCAACUCUUUUUGAUAGGGCCCUGUGAUUUGUUUUUCAGUGGGCCUAAGUGUUUUUUUUUCUUCUUAAGAUUUAUCACUUUUGUGCUUGUUGGGGUUUCUCUAUGGGUGUGAUUGAUCUGUGAAUGGAUUUUAUGUUGACAGGUACAAUUAUGACAAGUAAUAGUCCUAUAUAAUUCUCAUUUCAACAAUAAUAAACUCCUACAAAAAAACAAUGAAAUUUCACCAAAUUUUUUUUUUUUAAUUUUUAACUAUUUUACCCUAUUUACCAGUUCCAGAUGCUGUGUGGAAGAUCCAGGAAAUGGUUCCUGAGGAAGCUAAAAGUGUUUCCAUGGAUAAUGCGGAUGACAAAUGGUGGGACACUGUUGACCUAACCAAGCUUAUUCUAGCUUCCAACCACCUCUCAUCUUUGGGUGAAGGCCUCAGCAACUUGCAAGCACUAACAGUUCUGGAUGUGAGGAUUGGUUCAUGUGAUUUCUAUCUCAGUUGAUCAAAAAGUCAAUUUUUUUAGCUAUAAGUUCUGUCAAGUUUUGUUGAAUAUGCAUACAACUUAGAAAUGUCCUUCUCUAAGCUAUUUGUUGUGUGUGCAUACAUUGAUGUGUCAGUAAUUGGUAACCCAACUUAGAAAUUUAAUGUAAAGUCUAAGGUCUUGCUUGUUUGCAACUGAAAAAAUUCUGAUGUAAAAAAAUUGAAUAAAGUUUAAAAGUAAAAGCAAUGAAAGGUUUUCAUUUCGUACUGAUGGGUAAGCAAUAAUAUUUUAAAAAAUGAAAAUUUAACAAUAAUAUUAAAUAGAAUAGGGGAAAAUGAAUUUACACUGUUCAGUAACUUAUAUCUGGUAAUGGACAAUGAGUGAGUGCCCUUUUUCUUCAAGAUUCACGACAAUCAACUGACAAGUCUACCAGCUGGCAUCAAGCAUCUGGAAAACCUUCAAAAACUUGACAUUAGGUAAAUUUGUAUUUGGCUUGCCCAAUGACUUAGCCCAUAACCUAAAUAACCUGACCUGUGCAUUGUCUCAUUGGGAUUCCUCUAAGACAGAUUGUCUUAAAUGUGAUUUGUGUUCAUAUUUGAUUAGUAAGCCACCCCCACGAAAACUGUGAGAGGAAAGAGCAGGAUCUGUUCCACUGAUGUUUACUUAUUUCUCCAUCCAACAGCCGAAACCAGCUGAAAGAGAUUCCCAUCCAGAUUGGAUUCUUGAGUAACCUGACAAGUCUUCACCUGGAAAAUAAUCAGCUCUUAGAAAUCUGUGCAGAUAUCUGUAGUCUUAGAAAGUUGGAAUUUCUGGUAAUUGCUUAACACAGUGGUUCUCAACCUGCAUAAUGCCGCGACCCCCAACCACAGGAAAAAAUUAUUUUCAUUGAUACUUCAUAACUGUAGAGUAUUUGUGUUUUCCGAUGGUCUUAGGCGACCUCUGGGAAAGGGUAGUUCGUUUGACCCCCAAAGGGGUCGCAACCAACAGGUUGAGAACCGCUGGCUUAACAAAAUGACUGAUCGCAACUGUUGUUGAAUAAUGUAUAGCCUGGUUGUUCAUAUUAUUAUGAUGUGCAGUUCAAUUUUUAAAACUUACAAUCGCAAAAAAUAAAUUAACAGUUUGUUAUUGAUCUGGCAAAGGCGACGUGAGAAUUUGUUUAAUAACAGAAACAAUAUGAAAACGUUUAAGUGUAAAAAAACUUUAAAACACAAAAAAGUGCUAUGAUGGUGCCUGUUGUGCUGGGAUGGGGAGGGAGGCAGUGUGAUAAAACUAUCUCAAAUGACAUGCAAAGUUGUAAUGAAAGUCCCCCCCUUUUUUUUUUUCGCUUAGGAUGUCUCCAACAAUCAGAUCCAUUCCCUUCCAAACUCCAUCAGGCUGAUGUCUCAGUUGAGACACCUGAACGUUGCCAACAACAAACUGACUCACCUGCCGCCUGACAUUGGUGAUCUAACAGGUAAAUCUCCGACAGCAGGUGGUCUCAUGUUUUCAGAUCCUUGUGGUGUGAUCAUGUCACAUUAUAAAAGCGCUGUAUGCCCAUUAAACUUAUGAACACCAGCUCUGGCUCAUGAGAAACUGCCAGCCUGUUAUAUUUGAUGUUAUUUCAAAGAGAAAAAAACCUAACAUCUCGUAUGUAUCUAUUUUGCUUCUGGUGCGUCCACGUUUCAUAUUAAUAGAGCUGAGUGAAAUAAAUGCUGUCACACAGCGAGCUUCAUGCUGAACUCUGGUAAAUAGUUUUAUCUUUAGGGGAAGUUGAAUAUUAUUGGGUGUAGUUAUUGGUCGUGUUCCUCGGUCACACAGCGUCACGUCUGACCUCUGUUCCUCGGUCACACAGCGUCACGUCUGAACUCUGUUCCUCUGUCACACAGCGUCACGUCUGACCUCUGUUCCUCUGUCACACAGCGUCACGUCUGAACUCUGUUCCUCUGUCACACAGAGUCACGUCUGACCUCUGUUCCUCUGUCACACAGCGUCACGCCUGACCUCUGUUCCUCUGUCACACAGCGUCAUGUCUGACCUCUGUUCCUCUGUCACACAGCGUCACGUCUGACCUCUGUUCCUCUGUCACACAGCGUCACGUGUUCCUCUGUCACACAGCGUCACGUCUGAACUCUGGUCAAUCGGUUGAUAUUUACUCUGGAAAGGAUUGUUUUUUUUUAAAAUGUCACUGUUUUUUUUUCACAUCUUUGUUCUGGGGCUGCAUGCCCCUCAGAAUUGGGUCAUGGGCCUUAUAAACACAGGAAGGUAUUUGUUUUGUACGUCUUUGUUACAAAAUGAAUGACGGUAUCUUCUCUGCCGAUAGGUUUUUGUUUAAUGUCAUCUCCAUUCUGGGAUCCGGCAACUGCCUGUUCCUAUCGGUGGGUUAUUUCUUGACACAAACAGUUGACGAAGGCAAUGCACUCUCAUUAUGACAUAGGGCAAUAGAUUUCGUUGCAUAUUCCUGAAAAUUAGAAGUUGACUCUUUUUUUUGUAACACCUGGAUCCACUGGGUUUUUUCUCAAAAUAUCUGGACACAGUGUAAAAAACUGCACCCGGUUAAGCCCUAGUUUGCAAUAUUUGUCACAAUGGCCGAAGGCCUCAUGCCCGAAUUGCCACUGAAUCAUGAAGAUUCAUAAAGAGAAUCCUAUGUUCAGUAAAAAUAAAAAAAAUCAUAGUUAAAAUUCAGGUAAUGUUUAACAUAUUCAUGGCAUCAUUGGCCCAUUUCUUAUUUCUAGACAUUCUGCUUGGAAACUGCAGCUUGUUAUGAAAUUAUACAAACAGUGAAACCUCAUUAUAAUUGAAUAGUCAUGUUCCAUAAAUUCAGAAUCUGUUAUAGUGGUGCACAUAUUGGCUGGUUUCCACUGUAAUUUUUUCCAUCAUGUUCUAUGUUUUAUGCCUCAACAAUUAUUUUCCUCCAGCGCUACGCAUGUUUGAUGCCACCCACAACCAGCUGCAGUCACUACCCGACGAGUUUGGAAAUUUACUUCACCUAGAGCAGCUUUUCCUAAGGCACAAUCAGUUACAGUAUCUCCCUGUGCUGCACCAUUGUACAAACCUCAAGGUCUGUUCCUUGGUUUGCUUUGUAACUGUACCAGUCUUAAAUCCAGUGGCCUGUAGGCUCCGACUUUAUAGUCGAAUAAAAAAAAGCACAACUGGUUGGGUACUUGUCAGUUUUAUAAAAGGAGAUACAUCUUUUUUUAUUUGUGUAAUUCUAUGUUGUUCUUUAUUAAAAACUGGGUUGGUAGAAUAAUUAAAAUUUAACAAGCCAUUUGUGGGCACAUGACUAAGCAUGUCUUUAUAAAUGUGCCAGUCAUAAUCGUCUCUUCAAUGCCACUUCAUUAAUCUUAAAGUAGCAGUAGGGUUAGCACUCGUUACUGUAACAAAAAUCUCUUUGCCAUUUUAAUUAUUAAUAUUACUAUUCAUUACGUAAUGAAUAAUUUUUUGUGAGGUACUUUUGUUGGAUCAGAAACAUUCCAAUUUAUUCCACCAGGAAAUUUUAGUUGGAAAUAAUAGCAUCCGAGGGCUGACGGAGGAACAUUUACACCACCUGACCUCCCUUACGUCCCUGGAUCUGCGAGACAACAAGCUGGUCAAACUUCCUGAUGAGAUCACAUUGCUGGAAAAGCUAGAGAGGCUGGACCUUACCAACAAUGACAUUAGUGUGUAAGUUGGGGUCUCAGUAUGGGGUGCUGUGGCCAGCUAACUUGAUGCCUGGUGAGAGAAAUUUGAUUUGAGAGUUCUGGUCGUGAUGUUUGAGGAGCUGCAUUGCAUUUGUUCUUUUUUUUUUUUUUUUUUUUCAAGUGCUCUGAUGGUGCCUGUUGUGCUGGGGUGUGAGGCAAUGUGAUCAAACUAUCUCAGGUUCCCUUUUCUACUUUUCUUCCUACAUCUUUCUGUGACUAGUUUAAAACUCUGUAACUGCUUUUUAGUUAACCAAACAGGAUUACAUAUCACUCAUAUAGGAGAUGAAAUAAGAAAGUAAGAAAAGCUAGGUUUCAUUUUAAAUAAAAUAUUUUUUAAAAAGGAGCUUAAUUAUAACAACACUAAUCAGUCAAAAUAGUUUGAAUGGCCAUGAAAUGAAUUUCAGCAACCUACUCAAAUUUUAAAUCAGUUUCCCAGUGUCUUGUAGGGCUAAAUUGUGUAGAAUGGUGCAAAACUAUACACAGGUGUACACAAAAGUGCAUCCUUGUAUUUUGAAUUAAUAAGCAAAUUUCUGGGAAGGGGCUCAGCUUCCUCACGAGCUCCACUUUUGCUCUGGUGACUUCAACUGGUGUCCUUAUUAUCUGCUCUCCGACUAUAUCUUCAUAUAUAAAAGCGGCAAAUGACAGGCACCUUUUUAUUUGCAAUAGUGCACUGUAUAUAAAUAUAUAAAUGGCAUUCUUCUCAAACUUUGAGAAGUGACCUAAAUUUGACUUGUGAUGUGAAUAAGGGUUGUUCGCCAAUUACGUCACGUUGGGGAGGGAGGGUAGAGAAUUUGUGACCGGAGGGGUGGGGGAGGGUAGAGAAUUUGUGACCGGGGGGGGGGGGCUAAAAAUUUGUGAGGUCUCACAUUAUUUUUGUUUAAAUCUAAACUUUUCUAAUUUUUUAAAAUCUUUAUUCAAUUAAUUUUAACAACAUUAGUUUGAGGUCGAAAUUGCCUCAGGUAUUAUAGGUAACGUGAACCUCAGUCCCGCACACCUUUUGCGCAAAAACUGUUGUGGCCAUUUUAUAUUCAGCUUGGGGAUGACUUCAAUGUUUCGUGUCUUAGAUUUCUAAUAAUGUUACAUCUUAAUCCAUUAUCAUUAUGGGAAAAUGUUAAAGAAUAUAAUAAGAUCGGCAAUCUACCACUUGAGCGUCGGGCCCAGAAAAAAAAGCCAGUUGUUCCGGUUUUAAGUAAUCUGAAGUGCUAUUUAAACAAGUAUUCUUAUAGUGAUGCCCGUUAAUAGUUCCACUUUCGUUUAAAGUUAUGUAGCAGAAUACAUUUAGAUAAAUAUUACUAAGCUACUUAUAUGACAGGAAGAAAAAGAGGUGAGACCACAAUAGUGCUGAUAAUGGAUGUGCGCAAACUGAAAAGACAGCUUGCACUAGCCAUGAGCCUUUCCCCUUUCUAUUUACUCAAGUUCAUGUUCCGCAACUGUUUUCAUGGAAAUGAUAUUUUAAACAGCUUCAUUGUCACUUAGGGGGAGAACUAUGAAUAAUGUCAUUGUCAUACGCUACAUUUUUUUAAUUCUUCAUUUUUUUUAAGUUUACAAUUUUUUCAGUUUUUCUAUUUUAAAAAAUAUGUCUUGUAUUAUUUGUAUUAUAUAUGUGCUGAGAUGAAUGUAUACCAUGUCAUAAAAAAACAUUUCCAUCGUUUUGGAGCCUAUUGAUAAAAGAAUAAUUGUUUAAAUAGCACUUCCAACUGAAACAACAGGCUUUUUCCUUGGCCGACGUCAAAGUGAUAGAUUACCAUAAACUCUUAGUUUUGUUAUGAAAAUUUUAUGUAUGUUUUUUUUUAUUUUUAUUAGGUGUGACGUGACACGGAGGGGUGGGGGGGAUGGUCUAAAAAGGUCACUUUUUUGCAUGACGUAAUUGGUGAACUACCCCAUAGUUAUUUUACACACUAUACUGUGUUUAUUUAUUUACUAUUACCAUAAGGUAUUGUACAAUUUUAGAUGGUUAAGUACUAUUCUGAGACUGUUGUACUAUUUUGGGAUUUCCAGCGUCACUUGAUUUGACAGACUUAAAAUGGUCACUAAAAUAAAAAGAGAUAAUAUUUUUAAUUGAUUUAUGUAAAUUAAGUGGUUAUUUUUGUAAUAUAAUUUAACACCAUUUGGAAAUAGGAUUAAUUUUUAUACUAUUACUACUGUUGGUGUAUAAAGAAAAUUUUAACCACCUGCAGGCUACCUUACAAGAUGGGAUGCAUGACAGCUCUGAAAGCAAUAAUCUUAGAUGGUAACCCUAUGCGUUCUAUUAGAAGAGAUAUUGUGAUGGUAAGCAUUUAAGAUCAGUGGUCCUCUUAACCAUUUAUCCCAAAGGGGAGCAAACAUUUGUAGCUGCUAGCCAUAUUCAAGAGGCAACAGAUGUAUGGGAGCCAAAAAAUGGUGAAAGCGAAGGGGGAUCUUAUGAGAAUCUUAGGAAAUUUGUUAUUAAAGUAAAAAACUCCACAACAAGAAGAAAAUGUAUAACCUCAGAAAAUUGGAGUUUCACCAAAAAAGUGGAACAACUCCACCAUAGUCACAUCUACAAUCAAAAAUUUAAAAUACAUUUUUUUUUCUCUUCUAUUUUUAUGAAAUUUAAAAAUUGUCUAAAGUACCAUUUAUAUGAAGGCACAAGCCACAAUUGGCUCACAAACCAUAGUCUUUCCACCCUUGAUUCAUCCUGUAAGCAGCUAAGGUGCAUUCUCCUCUGUUAAUAUUCACUGUGCAUGUCGACUGAGAUAUAAUUGCCAAACAGUGAUGGGCAGGCAAAAUGCAGGUGUUAGGAACAGCUUGAAUCUUUUGCUCUUGUUGAUUUAAUUUAAUAUAAUAUAUAAGAAACCUUGUCUUAAAACUUGCUACAAUUUUUUCUUUCGUUUAUACAUAUAUAUAUGUGCACAAAAAUUUUAUAAACCUUUCAUAUAAAUAUUUCAGAAUCACAAACUUUUACAGUUUAACUUCAAUCAAGAUUCAAAUGUAUAUUUGAACGCUCUUUCUUGGCCUAAUAUACUAUGUCCUCAUGUAUGAAAUAAUUUCUCAAGAACUGAUGAAGCAAGGGUACAUUUUUCAAAUAAAUUAUGGCCGUGAUUAACAUAAAAAUAUAUAAAAAUAAAAAUCUGAAAUCUUACAGAGGGGUACAGCUGAGCUGAAGAAAUAUUUACUGAGUCGUCUAAAAGAUGAGGAGAACGAGGGUCCCGAUAGCCAGGUUUCAGCCAGUGCAGUACCCAUGCCUGGUGUGGCAGACGAUGUCAUCAGCCAGCAUGAUUUACACCAGAUGAAGUCAUUAGAUUUCAGGUUGGUGCAUCUUGGCAGACUUUGUUUAGAAGCUUUUUCUAUUCUCAAACAAAAAUUAAGUUAUAUUUUUGAUGAUUUGUCAUGUUGUGAUGGUAGACAAGAAAAGAAGCAAAUCCUCGGGGUUAGGUUGUCACAGUUUAAUGCUGUGUCAACACAUCUCUGAUCAGGAAAUCACUUAGUUCCCCUUAAAAAUUAAGCUCCAUUGAAUUCGUUUUGUGGUUGAGCCUUACUCAAUUAAAGUGCGCCAUUAUUUAAAUAAAACAAUACCAUUUGAAAGACCGAAAAUUCAUUUCAAAUUAAUUUUGGUUAGUUAGUAAAAUAAUAAAUAGAAUGAGUGAACAUUUUUAGUUUUUUGAUAGGUUUUCAUUUUUAGAUUUUGAAGAAAUGUAACGGAUAAAAUAGUUGUUACAUUAAUAUUUGUCUCCCUUUUACGAAAAUCCUUGCUUGGUGAAAAAUUUAUAAAUUGAUUGCUUUAAAUAUUUUUUUUGUAGUAAUAAAAAAGUGGCUUCCGUCCCUGAAGACAUCAUCAAGGUUGCUGUGGAGGCAGGGAUCAGGGUGAUCAACCUGAGUAAAAAUCUCCUACCUGAUUUACCCAGUGGGUAAGUCUGACUGAAUAUUACUUUUUUUGACCUGCAUGAUAGUCAGUCGUUUAACCCUCUUGAGGGUACAACUCUGAAAUCAAACCCGGUAAUGGAGUCCCGAAAGGCGGAUAACGUUGGUACAAUGAAACAUUCCGACAACUGAUGCGACGUCACUGGUGCCAAGCUGUAUCAUCCAAUGAUGUUCCCUUGGGUUAUCCAGCGGCGUGGAGAGAGGCGAUUUGCUGUUGGGAACCAGCUUAUAAUCCUUGAAGAAUAAUCCCAGGCCAUGUGGAUUUCGUCCUCCGAAGCCCACUCCAUCGUCACAUUGGAUACCAGCAAAAAAAAACCCCUCUUGAGACAGAAUCUUUUUGGACUGUUGGUGCCAAGAAGAUGGAGCCCUUUUCACAAGCCCUGCACUAAGUUUGCAAGAAAAAAUUUAUAAAAAUAAUAAUUACCGUACAAGUAUAAAAUAUAUAUAUCCUGUUAGGGAAUGGAAUGAACUGAUACAAUCUUUGUAAAUCAAGCUGAAAUCUCAAUAUUUAAACAAAAUGAGAUAUCCUGAAUUGCAUAAUUUAAAAUAUUCUUCUUGUACUGCUUAAGCCAUUUGGCAUAUUUCAAGGUCACAAUUUGUAGGCAUUUACCCAUAACAUUCUGGGCCAAUAGAUCAGCCCGGCCGUCUCAAGAGGGAUAAAAGGUUUUCGUGCUAUGGUUGCUGUAAUCUGUUUUCUGGUGUAUGACAUCAUCUGCCAUCGCCCUAUCCUUAAUGUCAAGAUAACGCAGCAAACCUCAAGGGUGGCUGAUCUAUUUACACUUUUUUUAGUUUUGCUAGUGUCUACAACAAGGUUAAUAUGAUUGUUUUCUUCCUCAGCCUUAUUGCCUUCCAAAACCUUUUACAGGACUCGUUUUUGUUACAAAAUGUGUCCAUAUGUGUGAGGUAUCAGUCACAUCUGUAAUUUGUCACAUCUGUAAUUUCUCAAAUGCAGGCUGCUGGCCCUUGCGCCAACACUGACCGAGAUCAACCUGGGAUUUAACAAAAUCAGCCAACUCUCUCCGAGCACAGAACGUUUUACUAAACUCUUCAUGUUGGACCUCAGGUGAGAAGUUAUAUCCGUAGCUCUGAUUGAGAUUUUCAUUGAUUUGGUGAGCGAAAAGAUUUAUAUAUUUACAAAUUCUUAAUUCAAAGUCAAGGAAAUAAGUUGCACUAUUGUUUGACAUUAGAGCUAAAUAGAGAUUAUAUCUAGAUUAUGGCGGCAACCUGCGGAAUAGAUUGAAGGAAAAGGUGCAGCUCUUUUUUUUCUCUCUCUUACCUCCAAUGCAAUUUAAAGAAUCGUGGAUGUCUGCGCCUCCCAAAAUGUUUUCUGAGCAGAUAAAAUUUUCCAACUCCUUACCUAAGAUGAGAUAGCUUGUUAAAAAAAUUUAACACAUGCGUUUAUCAAAUGUUUUCAAUAUGUGUAUGUGGCCUCUAUUGUCUCUGGUGAUCUGAACAUCUCCAACCCCGAUAACCCUGGUCCUGAAAACAGGAAGGUUAAUUUGUUAAGUUGGAGUCUCUGCUUGAGAAGUUUCUCAGCUUCAUGAUUUUUUGUUUUUACAUCUUCUAUUCACAUCACUAGAACCAUGACAAUGUCUCAUAGAUGAAUAAUUUCUAUUACAGAAACAACCAGUUGUCCAGCCUGCCACCUCAAUUGGCUUCUCUGAAAUGCUUGAGGGAACUUAUACUGUCCAACAACAGGUACAUUGUUAAAUUGAAGAGCAUUUUAAGUUUACAAAUUAGUUUCCAGGGUUUAAUUUUCAGGCAGAUUUAAUUCACUAAUUUCAGAUUAUUACACGUCUGUGAUUUCCCAGGGAUUUGUUAGAAGUUCAUGUAAUCAGUGCAUGUUGGUGGCCCAUUAAACGUCUGUGAUUUCAAAGGGAUUUGUUAGAAGUUCAUGUAAUCAGUGCAUGUUGGUGGCCCAUUAAACGUCUGUGAUUUCCAAGGGAUUUGUUAGAAGUUCAUGUAAUCAGUGCAUGUUGGUGGCCCAUUACAAGACUGGGAUUUCCAAGGGAUUUGUUAGAGAUUCAUGCAACAAAUUAGAUCAUGUUAACAGGGCUGAGCAAACUAUUCAAGUGUGUGUGUGUGCCCAAAACAUCCAAGUGUUUUGUGCAGAUUUUGAUCAUGUACCAAUCAAAACAGAAAUUUUGGCCAACAACACAGCCUGUAUAUUUCUCACCAAAGCUCACUGUGAAAAACUAUCAUGCUGUUUAAAUGCAUGGAUCUGAUGCAAGUGCGGCUGGCUAUUUUUUCUUUUUGGUCCAGAUUUUUUUAAACAUGAAGAUAAUAAUUGGCGGAACUGUAUUAUUAAAAGGAUGUAUUAUUUUUCUGAAUGGGAAAUGUGACACUGUGGAUAAUUAUUAUUGGCCUUUGUUCUCAAUCAUCCACAAACUAAAUUAACAAUUAUUGAUUGGCAUGUGAGUGGAGCUGGGGGUUGUGCAAACACUUGGAUGACUGGCCUACAUUUCUAUCACACACUAAAAAAAAAAAAUGGGGGGUACGAGAGGAAAAGUCAAAUGAAACUUUAUUUUUUUAAAUUUCUUGAUAUGAAAUGUAAAUAGGGCGGCUCAAAUGUAAAGACAACUAAUAACUGCUGCUUAAUCAGCUCCAGGGUUUUUAUUGGAAACUUAAAGAGUCAUUAACUUGAAGUGAACAAAGUAAAGCUGAGAUAUUAGUAUUGACUGUCUGUUUUUUUAUAGGUUUUAAGUGCAUUUGAAAAUGAAAAUUUUUUAAAACAAAUUCUUCAAUUUUUUUUUUUUGGUUAGUCUUUGGGGAUAAUGAAAUUGUUCUCUCAUUUAUAAAAGAAGGAGCUAAUGUGACCAUGUAACGCUGGAUACUUCAAAACAAUAAUAGUCAUUUUUGUAUUAUUUUGGGGGAAAUGAAAUCAAAUAUAUCUGCUUUUAUGCAAAGUUAUGUUACCUUUAAUAAUAUGUAAGUAUUAUUACACAUUAGAAAUAGAUUUAAUAUAAAAAUUAAAGAAUCAUUUUAAGUGAAUCCAAAUAUGAGAGUUGAGAUACUGUAUUAAAGGAGAUUGAUAAUCUUUGCUCUGCUCUACAUAUUACUAAUGUUACAUUUUUAUAGGCAAAAGUUGUUUCCAUCAUAACCAAACAUGGCUGGGUGUCUCAAAAACCAACCAAACAAUCCAGACUUGAAUAUUGAUUUAUAGAUAUUUAAAAUAAAUUUGUGAUCUGUGAGUUUUACCAUUUUCUGUUCUUAAAUUCAAUAGCAAAUAAAACAAGAAAUGUGGGGCACACAAUGAAAUGAAUUAUUUUCUCUCAUUUAAAAAUAAAUAAGAAUAUUUAUUAAAAUAUUUGACAAGAAACAAUGAAAUGUUAAUAUUUUUUUAAAAACUAAAGUACAUUGUGUGGUAAAACUAGAGUGGGUCAUUAUAAUGUUUAUUUAGUUGCAAAAAGUGUGAAGUGACAAAUUAGGGGUGUUAAAAUCCCUGGGCUACUUUUGUUUAUGUUUAUUAAAAAAACUGAAUAAACUAUUUGUGUGUAGGGGGAUGGGGAUGGGAGUUUUCAAUUUCGCCCCAGACAAUGCAAAUUACACCACAGUAUGGCUGGGUGCCCCGAACAGCACAAAUUGUACCCAAAUAUGGCUGGGUUCAGCACAAAUUAUGCCACACUAUGUUUGAGUGCCCUAGACAGAACAAAUUAUGCCAAACUAUGGCUGGUUGCCCAAGACAGCACAAAUUAAGCCAAACUAUGGCUGGGUGCCCCAGACAGCACAAAUUAUGCUAUAGUGUGGCUGGGUGUUUUUGUUAAGUACCGGUAUAUUUAUAUCUCAAAGCUGAAAUAUGUUACACGAUGGGAAUUGUUAUAUAAGUAAUUUUAAAACUUUUGAAAUAAUGUAUUUAACCUUCUUCUAAAAAUACAUUUCAAGUGAAGUAAAGAUGAUGUGUAUAUUAUAAUGUGGAUGAAUAUUACUUUUAAUCUGAUGAUAUUACAGUCCUGAAAAUGAAAUCUUAGAUUUUCUAUUAGAAUACAACAAUAUGUGUCAGUCUAUACCAAUUUAAGAAAAUUGAGUUCAAGGGCAUUGACAAAACAGUGGGUACAUUGACAUAAAUAUACAACACGCACUUCAAAAAAAGUAGGAAGGGGUUAAAAUAGUGGAUGCAAUUUUAUUUUCUAGGAAAUUGAGGUUUUCCUACUUGUCCAAAUUUACCUCUCAAGGGUAAGGAUAAGGGGUGGGCACAUAUUUAUGGGCAGGGACAAUAUCUUUAUAUUUGAAUAAUUUGUUGUAAAAAUUUUGUGAAAUUACUUUUCAUGUGAGAAAGAAAGAGAGUGGGUACAAUUUUAUGUGGAUAAAAAUAUAUCAAAACUCGAUUAUUUUACACAAGUGAAAAUUUCAUCUUAAAAAUAGAGCUUUUUUUUUUUUUUUUUUUUGCCUUUGCAGUUCAGGGGCGUGAACAUUUCCUUCCCAUAUGGGGAAAAUAUAUUUUUGUUUCCUCUUUGCGAGAAAAAAAAUUUCAUAAGAGAAGUGGGUGUAAAUUUUUAUGUGAUUAAUAAUAUUUCUAAAGAAAACCUUUGCUGUUAAAAAACAUUAACAUGGUUAAGAGAUUCUACUUUAGAUGUAAGAAUUCUGUGUUUUACGAUUUCCUUAUAAUAUAGUAGAGAAGCGAGGCAAAAAUUUGGCUAAAUUUUUCAUUAAAAAAUACCAAUAUAUUAAACUAUGUUAGUGUUAAAGAUAUUUAAAAUGGUGUAUAGGUUUUUGUUGUAAAAUAAAAGGACAUAUUUUUACAGUUUUAUUGAAUUUAAAAAAAAAAAAUGUUGUACUUCAGAUGCAUGAAAGAGGGUGAGGUGGGCCUAUAAUAGGCCUAUAAUAUAUUGCUGAUAAAUAUUUCUCAAAACUAAAUUAUGUUAGAAACGUAAACAUCAAUACAUAGAUAUUUAUUUUUUUUAAAUAAAGAAAGUGUGAUUAACUAUUUCCAAAAUAUACAUUUCAAGGGCGUGAAAUAUAGUUGUACUAAGGAUAUAAAACACCAAAUUCAGUUAUAUACGUAAAAAUUUGAUGGUUAGAUGUUGAGAUUUUGCAAUAGUAGGGAGAAAGUAUCGCAAAAAGCUUUCCAUUAUUAUCCUGGUAACAUUGGGUCCUAGUUUAAUCAUAAUAGAUUUGUAAAAAUAAAAGAUAAUAAUUUUAAAAAGUUUUUUUAGAAUAGGUAUCUAACACACUAACACACAUUUAUGUCUUUAAAAAUAUGCAAUCUGAAAAUAGCAUUCCCCUUUCAUAACCCUAUAACAAUGUGUCUCUAUAUGAGAAAAAAAACAACUCUAGCCAACCUUAACCAAUAUGCUAAAAUAGGAUAGAUAACCUAAUAAAAAUAACCAGCUAUUGAUUAUUCUAAAACCGCCAGGGAGGCAGAAUGCAAAAUAAAGUAACAUAUCUAGUCUACAGCCUCAUCUCUGUGUUCCCCCUGGGAUCUAUUUUACGGACAAGUUAUCUCUGAGUUACUGGAUUGGGUUACCUUUGUCUAGAGGUCAGAGUCUGGUCCAUAAAACAUUUUAAGCCUUCCCGUUGUCUCCCCAUGUUAACCACUUAAGAUUGACUCCCCAUGUUGGUCACCCAUGAUUGUCUCCCCAUGUUUAUCAUACCUAAGAUUGUCUCCCCAUGUUUACCAUUCAUGAUUGUCUCCCCAUGUUUACCAUUCAUGAUUGACUCCCCAAGUUUACCAUUCAUAUUGUCUCCCCAUGUUUACCAUUCAUGAUUGUUUCCCCGUGUGUAUCAUUCAUGAUUGACUCCCCAAGUUUUCCAUUCAUGAUUGUCUACCCAUAUUUACCAUUCAUGAUUGUCUCCCCAUGUUUAUCACUCAUGAUUGUCUUCACAUGUUUACCAUUCAUGCUCGUCACCCCAUAUUUACAAUUCCCACGUACUGCUUCUUCUAUCCCAGAUUCCUCGAAAUCCCAGCCGUCGUGUACGAACUCAGCAAACUAGAGAUCCUGUUUGUCAGUGACAAUAAAAUUACAGAGCUGGAUCAUGUAGGCUUUAGUAAGCUGACCAAACUGGGCACACUGGAUCUGCAGAACAAUGACAUCACUCAAGUCCCCCCACAGCUGGGAAACUGCACUUGGCUCAAG